GGGGCCGUAUCCACAAAGAUCCUUAGGCAUUUUCUUAGUUAUUUACUUAAGUUCGAAAAAUCACCUAAGGCAAGAUUUUCCCUUAAAUAUUCUUCUUAAAAAUUCCUUAGGAAAAAGAUUAGGUAAGUUUUUGUCUCGUGCAUUUUUUUCCCUCAGUGAAACAUAAUUCGCCUAAGGAGUGACUUAAGUUUGUUGUCAGGGACAUCCCCGGGUUCCCUGUCAUAAAAAUAGCAUCACGAUGACGUCGUCAUUAUAACAUACCACGAGAUUUCUCGGCACACAAAAAUGGCGGUUGUCUCUGUCUAAAGAGAAUCGGUUGAAUUUUAUUACGUGUUUUAAUUUCCGAAGCGUGCCACAAGGAGUUUUUAUGGAAAACAUAAAGGGAGUGACUUUUAUUACAUGCAUACAAUGCUUGUGAAUUUAAGCAGCAUUAAAUGCCAUGUUUUAUUUGUGAUUCCCACUGUCGGCGUUUGGGUUUUUUGUGGAUCUUAAAAUAGCACUGAAGCGAUACCGGAUGUUUAUAGCAGACGGCGUUUUGUCAAAACUGUCAAAAUGGAAGAAAAAAGAAAACGCAAUCCCAACUUUUCGCUGCAAGAUUCCUUGCUUCUUACCCAAAUAAUGGGAGAGACGCAUUCCCGACUUCCAUGAUAUGGACAUGUCUUUCCACAAGGUUGAUAAGGCUAGAUUCAGCAAUCGAAUCAGCAAAGCAACAAAGAAUGCACUGUGGGUGGCAGUUACUGAAAAUUUCAAUGCCAGAGCCCAGUUUAGAAGGGAGCAAUCCAUUUUGGAGAAAAAAUGGGAAAAUCUACAAAGGGAUCACAGAAAUCUGUACAUGGAUUUCCAAAGAGAAAUUUCAUUGACAGGGCGAGGUCCAAUUGGCAGAACAUUGUCUGUCCUCACAGAGGCAGUAAUUGAUGUUAUUGGAAAGCAGAGUGCGGCAGUUGUUGGGGCAGCAGGAGCAGCAUAUGACUCAACAUUGGCCUCACUUAUGCUUCCUCAACAGUUUGACCUAUGUGACAGUGAAGAAAGAUCAUCAGUAUCGGAUGGUCCAAUCUUCAAUGUAAUGGAUCUUGUUCCAGUAAAACCUUCCCAAAGAGUCCAAUCAUGUUCAACAACAACCAGUACAUUGCCAAGCCCAAAUCAAGCGCACUGUUGCUGUUGUAGUGACUCUGAAAUGAGAGCCUUAAAGAAGAGAAAACUAGAGUUGCAGAUAAAGUUUUAUGAGAGACAACUUAAAUUGUAAAAUGACCUAUUAGUUAGUGUUUCUUUGUUAGUUUUUCAAUAAUCUUUUUUGCAACAGUUUUUAUAUCAUAUCAGCUAUGUCCCCCGGCCCCCAAACCAAUAACAUCAGCGAUGGCCUCCGACCCCCAAACUGAUAUUAUCAGCUAUGUUUUCUGGCUCCAAAACCUAUAACAUCAGCUAUGUUCCCUUGCCCUGAAACCUAUAAUAUCAGCUAUGUUCCCCAGCCACCAAUCCUAUAUUAAUCAGCUAUGUCUCAUUCAGCACACAUUUUAUAUACUUGUUUUGUCUUUAUCAGAUGUAAAUGAACACACAUUUUUAAGACUUGUUUUGUGUUUAUCAGAUGUAAAUGAACACACAUUUUUAAGACUUGUUUUGUCUUUAUUAGAUGUAAAUGAACACACAUUUUUAAGACUUGUUUUGUCUUUAUCAGAUGUAAAUGAACACACAUUUUUAAGACUUGUUUUGUCUUUAUCAGAUGUAAAUGAACACACAUUUUUAAGACUUGUUUUGUCUUUAUCAGAUGUAAAUGAACACACAUUUUUAAGACUUGUUUUGUCUUUAUUAGAUGUAAAUGAACACACAUUUUUAAGACUUGUUUUGUCUAUAUCCCCCGUAAUUUACAAUCUAAAAUACUGUUCGCAUAUAAUAUCACGGAAGCGAAGUCCAUCUUCUGGACCAACAUGAAUCCCGUCAUUGCGCACAGGAUCUUCCGGCAGAUCAUCAACAUCUGGCACACCAUGCAGCUUGCAGAUGUUGUGCAAAACUGCACAUGCAAUGAUCACCCUGUCAAUACACAUUGUUUGUUGUUUUGCAAUAUAUAC